GUUCCUAGUAGUGGAAAUUCAAUUCUGGAUUUUACUUUUCAGAGGCCUACACGACUGUCCGAAGAAAUGUUGUCCCCAAGGACAAACCUUCAGCGAAGUUCAGAACAAAUGUUAUCAAACUCCUGAUAUGACGCCUGCACCUUGCAGUUCUGGUCCCACUUAUCCUCCAAUGGGACGAUCCGUCUCAUAUCCGUCAUCUGAUCAAUAUCAACAGCCAAUAGGAUAUCAACAACCUACAGCAUAUCAACAGCCUACGGGAUACGAACAACCAACGGUAUAUCAACAACCUCCAGAAGUUUUAAGCGUUGCUCAGAACAAUUAUCCAAUAGUUCAGGCUGAUCCACAAAUGACUCCCUAUCAACCCAUGACAGUUGACAGUGUAGUGCCGACAUUGAUGGGAUCUCCAUCCACCAUGGCACCCAUGUACGCUUCCAUGGAUGAGCCGGAACAUCAAGCUUCCAAUUUAGUUGCCCACGUUGUUGUCAUCCCGAAUGGUUCCGAGGGACACAUUACACCGGGAACGACGCCAACAACGACCACGACCAAGGAGGUGGAGGAGGAGGUGGAAAUUCUGAACACCCCCUGUGCGCUAAAGGGAGAACUUGAACAAGCAACCGAUCCGCCCGUUGUGAUAACCCCAAAACCGAACCGAUCCUCUCGGCGGGAAAAGGAUCGCAAAAGAAAAAGCCGCUCCAAAUCGCACUCGAGUAGAUCAACUUCAACCGAAACAUCGAAGGAAACAACACCCAUUACAACGCCCGCUCUCACUGUAGCAGUAACGGAAUCACUGUCGACUGUUGGUAUGACAACAGUAACAACCACAGCAACAACAACGACGACAACAACCACUGCCAAGCCAUCUCGAGCACGUAAAACGACGACGGAUGUAACGCCCGGAAUCGAAACAACCGAGCCGAGAAUGGUAUCCUCAUCUGCUUCAAGUACGUCCUCAACGGCGGCGACGACGACCACGUCCACCACAACCACUACCACCACACCACCGCCAACCACGACGGUGACAGUGACGACGACACCGCCAAGCACUACAGUGACAACUGCCGACGUGACUUUCGCAGACAAAACAUCGCCAAUCGUCACAUCACCACCAACAGCACCGGCAACCAGUAGUACGCUGUCUACCGAGCAACCAACAACAACGCUAUCUCCAGUCCCACCGACGUUAUCCAACACGCGGAUAGCAACAACAAAAACAACAACAGCAAUACCAACAACUGCACCACCACCGACGGCAAGCACGGCGAUUGCCAACACCACGCUACACGACGCACCUUUACCCCUGGAAACGACCAUCACCUGAAUCGGGCGAUAGGAUAGAGUGAGGUCUCGCAACCGCCCCAUUUUUGUUUAACUAUUUAUGCUGUAGGUCUAAUGUGGUAAGGUGAUUAGUGAUCUGUAUUUAUUACAUCGUGCGCACACGACUUAAUAAACAUAAAACAACCAAAAGCGCUACGCAUGGGCGCACGUACUGCGCGCGCUCGAUUCAUACACACACGACCGACUGUUUCAUUUGUACACACGAAACCUGGCUUGGCUGGACUUCUCCUACCCCAAACAUGUUUGGUAGCUCAAUAUUUACCAUCAGUUCAUGAUGCAUCUUGACGUGGAGCAUGUUAAUUUAAACAGCAUUUCGUUGUGUUUGGGUAAUGAAUUCGCCUCCCUCCUUCUCGCUAGAAUGUCACUCGAGUGCGUGUCGCAAUGAACAUGUUCCGAUGUGUUGUGCUGCGGUCAACAGUGAGGUACAUGCAAACCAGAACUGCCCCCUCCGUCUAUUGUAUGCUCAUUGCGAAUUAUGUCAACAGUGCAGUCAAGGGGUAUGUACCAUGGCCCGCAAACAUACACACAUGCACACACGACUCGUGUACUUCUGACACAUUGGUAUUUAGACGUCCGGUAAACAAAAAAACACACACACACCCGCUACUCCAAACAGCAUUCAAACCGUGGGCGCUUGAGUGCACAUUUCGGAUAACCUUCCAUCCAAAAUACCAAAGCGCAUGGUGUAGGUGAGAAGCAUGAGCAAGAAGAGCUUCCAGCUUGGGGUGAGGGUUGAUUUGCAUUGAACAGCGACAAACAACAACAACAACAACACCUUUAUGGUGGUCGUGUUUUUGCCUCGGAGCACUGUUUGGUCUGAACUCACACAGGAGAUCAGCGGCUCUUGGUUCUCCAGCUGCCAGCGUCCCCCGUCCUGAGCUAGCAGAAGCCAAGCCCAUAUAUGGCAGAACAUUUUAUUCGAUCAAUUUUCAACACACUCUCGCUACGACGCCGGCUGCUGCUCAUGCUUGAGAGCUGGAGGUCAUCAUAUGCGAAGCUGUGUAGCGGAGUGGAGAUGUUUUACUGUGGACUCGGGCAAUGGAACGAUCAUCCGGCGCCAGUGAGGUAAGCGAGGUGAGGUGAAGGAAGAGGUGCCUUCGAACUUCGAGGGUUAUCUGCGACUCGCCGCAAGGACGCAAGCUUUGCCUUAUGUGGACUUAAACACCGUACAAGGUGCGGUAAAGUAUCGAACGGUGUUG